AAGUGGAGCGAGGGAGAGAGAGAAAGAGAGAGAGAGCAGAAAACCAGGGGGCUGGUGAAAUUACUGUCAACUCACUGUAACAUUCCAGACAAACACGCAGUUAUCCCGACGUCAGAACCUCCUCGAACCGUCUACUGACCUCCAGCUCUUCCUGUAUCCGUGCAGAGCGAGUGCGGCCAAAGGAGAAGGACACUCUGACUGCUGUCAUGGCCAAUCGUGGAGCGGCGACUCGGCCUAGCGGGUCCAACGCGGCCAGUAAGAUCUGCCAGUUCAAACUGGUGCUGCUGGGAGAGUCUGCAGUGGGCAAAUCCAGUCUCGUGCUGCGUUUUGUCAAGGGACAGUUCCAUGAGUUUCAGGAGAGUACAAUAGGAGCGGCCUUCCUGACGCAGACGGUGUGCCUGGACGACACGACGGUGAAGUUUGAGAUUUGGGACACAGCCGGACAGGAGCGUUACCACAGCCUCGCCCCCAUGUACUACAGAGGAGCUCAGGCUGCUAUUGUGGUCUAUGAUAUCACCAAUGAGGAGUCAUUUGCGAGAGCAAAGAACUGGGUGAAGGAGCUCCAGAGGCAGGCCAGUCCAAACAUCGUCAUCGCUUUGUCUGGAAACAAGGCUGACCUCGCCACCAAGAGAGCAGUAGACAGCCAGGAAGCUCAGUCUUACGCAGACGACAACAGUUUGCUUUUCAUGGAGACGUCAGCCAAGACCUCCAUGAAUGUGAACGAGAUUUUCAUGGCUAUCGCUAAAAGAUUGCCGAAGAGCGAGCCACAGGCUCCUGGAGCCAGCAGCGGGGGCAGUCAGCCUGUUAUACUGACCGAGAUGCAGGCACCUACCAGGGACAAAGAGUGCUGCUAACUAACACAAAACACCCACCAAACUGUUAGCAAGCCAACUAACACAAGGCCUUGCCCCUCCUCAGACUGUAACUAAUAUCAUGUCCUGCUCUGAUUCAUCGGUCAGCAGUAACAAAGUCCUGUCCCUCUGCAUUCUUACACUGCUCUGUCUUCUGAUGGUUAUAGCUUCUGGUCAAACAUUAUGCUCUGCUUUCACAUCCAAAAAAGCUUAAGCCUUAAGCACAGGGAUGGGGCCUGAUAGGUAAAGUAGCCUGUAUUUCACAAAAACGGGAUUUCUUUUAAUUUUUCAUUUUAAGAAGUAUUUUGCAGAAUAAUGGAUGCACGUUUCACAAAAUGUUAGCAUUAAUAUUCCGUGGCACAAGCAGUGAGAGGACGAGACCCUUUCCUUUUCCUUUCCAAAGCUUCCUGCAGCAUGUCCACCUGCUUCAGCUCCACCUCUACAUGCCUCCGUGGCAAUGUGCAAUAGAUGACUGCCUGCGUAUUUCGACUCUACUGCCUAAUAACAUGUUUUCCACACACACACACACACACACAUUCAGCUGACAUACUGAAGAUUCUAUUGACACACACACACUCUACCCUGACUAGGACAGACUUAUUGAUUUAUUUUCAAGUUUCCAUGAGGUAUGUGUGUGUGUUUGAAAAAGAUGUUUACACUGUAACAGGUAGUAAAAGGUAAUUUGCACUCAUAUUUUCAGCUUUACACACAGCUAGACAGGUAGGAUAGUCGUCUCUGGUCCACUCUCUUCAUCAGACAUGCUCCUGAUGACUGAGACUCGGUCUGUCUCUCUGGUCUUAUGACACUUGCCUUGCACUAAAUUUGUGUGAAUAUAUCUGCUAUCUGCUCUAUUUGCUAAGUGUGUGUGUGUGUGUGUGUGUGGUGUUAUACAUGCACAAUAUGAAGGGAAAUAAUAUUUGGACACUUUUUGUGUUAUUUAAUAUACUUUUAAAUGCAAAUAUCCACCUCAGUCUGAAACACAGACUGACUAUUUCUUACACUAUAUUGCCAAAAGUUUUGGGACGUCUGCCUUUACAUGCACAUGAAUGUAAUAUGGAGUUGUCCCGCCCCUUUGCAGCUAUAACAGCUUCAACUCUUCUGGGAAGGAUUUCCACAAGGUUUAGGAGUGUGUUUAUGGGAAUUUUUGACCAUUCCUCUGGAAGCGCAUUUGUGAGGUCAGGCACUGAUGUUGGACGAGAAAGUCUGGCUCACAGUCUCUGCUCUAAUUCAUCCCAAAGGUGUUGAGGUCAGGACUCUGCGCAGGCCAGUUAAGUUCCUCCAACUCGCUCAUCCAUAUCUUUAUGGACCUUGCUUUGUGCACCAGUGUGUGGUCAUGUUGGAACAGGAAAGGUCAUCCCCAAACUGUUCCCACAAAGCAUGAAAUUGUCCAAGCCAAACCCCUGAAAAACAACACCUGAAUUCGAUGAUUUGGUGUCCCAAAACUUUUGGCAAUGUAGUGUAUAUUUAAAAAGAAAUGGUAUGAUAUAUAUAUAUAUAAACACAAUAAAA